AUGCCUCCUCGGAGCCCGUAUUUCUUUUCGAAGGAUAGCGAUGGUUACAGAGUCGCUGCGGCCAACAGCCACACUGCAACUGUGAAACCGAUGGUCCGAGUAUCCCGGCGGCCUGUUGCCAACAAGGCUCAUGCAGCGCUGGAAAUGCCCUCAUGCCUGCAACAAAAUGAUAUGCUAUGGCAUGCAACGUCUGUCUGGUUCGGCACUGGAUUCCUUGAAAAUAUUGCAUGUCUCCCCCCCUCUUCUGGAUCGAACCAGCUUGGGACUCCGGGUCGCCCUAUGUGCUGGCCAGGAUGCCAGGGAUGCUGCCUCUCCGCUCUGCCGAUCGAACACGAAACCCUCUACCAGCCUUGUUCGGGCUUGUUCCUUCUCCGAAUUUCUCUCAUCGUGUUGCUAUAUUGCCGGGAUGAACACCUGGUAACAAAGAAAAAUCACAGCAAAAUCGAUGAUCUGGUUCCAGAUCUACAAACAUGUUCAAGGUCAAAUUAUAAGAAUAUACUCCGUUCCCGGAUGGGAGAUGGAUAUACGGGGGCUAGACCUUGA